AUGCCCAACUUGGGUGUUAUCCCAGUUACUCACAUCCUGAAGCACUGGGCAGAAAUCCCUGGUUAUACCUACUACACACCUCUUGAUCAGAAAGAAAAGAGGUGCGUGCUCCUUCUUCCGCCCGGCUUCCUUCUGGUUUCCGCCCGGCUUCUUCGGUGGCCUGGAUGCUCUCCAAGCGGCACCAAGCGCAGGGCGGGUACCCUGAGUACAGCCGCCGCCUCCGCACCGGCCUCCCUGGGUUUCCCCUAUGUCGUCAUUUAUCUGGUCGAGCCGCGCAUGGGUCGCAGUCCCCGGGCCUUCUUCACACGCCUGGUGCUGUUGAAAGGUUUCCAGGUCCUGGACGCCUGCAGCUCGGAGGUGACCCACGUGGUGAUGGAACAGGCUUCAGCCGAGGAGGCGAAGGGCUGGCGGGAGUGCAGGGCAGCGGCUGUGCCCCUAGGCUGCCCUGGCCCGGCUCUGCCGGACAUCGGUUUUACAGAGAGCAUGGCCACAGGGCAGCCUGUCCCCGUGCAGCCCAGGCACUGCCUGGAGGUGGCUGAGCCUGAGGAAGAGCCCCCAAGGCUGGGGAGGGUGCCCAUCUAUGCCUGCCAGCGGCCCACGCCCCUCCCUCACCACAACACCGCUCUCUUGGAGGCCCUGGAGAUGCUGGCGGAAGCAGCCAGCUUGGAAGGCAACGAGGGCCGCCUCCUGUCUUUCCACAGAGCGGCCUCAGUGCUCCAGGCCAUCCCUGAUCCUGUUACAGCACCAAGCCAGCUGCAGGGGCUGCCCCACUUCCGAGAAUAUUCCUCCAGGGUGGUCCAGGAGCUGCUGGACCACAGGGUGUGUGAGGAGGUGGAGCGGGUGCAGAGCUCAGAGAGGUUCCGGACCAUGAAGCUCUUCACCCAGAUCUUUGGGGUAGGGGUGAGGACUGCUGACCGCGUCACUGUGAGUUAA